AUGUGCCUAAUUAUGAAAUAAAUAAAAUUUGCUUAAAAUUAAAUAGAAGGCUUUCAAUUAAAUCUCACACAAAACAAAUCCAUAAGCUACAACAAUGUUUCGCCUAUUGAAUAAUAAUGGUAAACUUAUAAUUGCCAUCGUUGUUCUUUUAUUUAUUUGCAUAUUUGUAAAUCGUGAUGCGAACGUUGUUGUAGUUGAGGAAAGUACACAACCCUCUCAAAAUCGCUCAAGUUUAUUUAGUGUGCACUCACCGAUUAGCAAUAAGCCCGAUAAAAUUUCUUCGUCAAACAACUAUUUCUGGGUUUUCGACCAUAAAUGUAAAAUUCCACGACUUGAUCCAUUUUCCGAGGAUGUCAUGAAUAUUUUUAAGCCUCCCAAAUUUAAGAAAUGUACAAAUCAGCCCGAUUUAUUUACCGUACGAUAUGACCUGAAAGAGAAGCAAUAUAUAGUAAAAUUCAAUGAGUCUCUGUUCGUUCAGCUGUUUCCAAAUAUUUCCGACUAUGGCUGUGUUUUUCAUGAGAUAAUCCGAGGACCAGAUGAUUCCCUUUCCUGGCACAAGAGAUCCAUUUUUUCCCAACGGGAUUGGAUUGUACCUCGUCACGUUCAGGGUAUUGUAGUGGAAUGUUUUGAGUUGCGCAACAGAUCACGAGUGCUACAACGCGACGCAUUUUCCUUUGUCCAGUAUCCACUCAAUUGCAACGAGAAGAACGAUAAAGAACGUAGUCGGACCUUUCCUAGCGUAAUAAUGCUGGGUAUUGAUUCCAUGUCGCAGAUGAACUUCCAGAGGACAAUGCCGCUCACAGCACACUUUGUGCGUCAGCCGGGCUGGUAUGAGAUGCUUGGCUAUAACACGAUUGGCGAUAAUAUAUUCCAAAAUUUCAUAAUUUUAUUAACGGGUCGAUCAUCGCAACAGUGGCUGUCAUUUUGCAAUAUAAGAAAGCCGGGCUGCCUGGACGCAAUCGCAUUCCUCUGGAAUCAUUUUCACAAUUCCGGUUACUUGACAGCCUAUGCCGAGGACAUUGCCACUUUUAAUUUUACUCGACGGCCAGUGGAUUAUUAUCUGAAUCCUAUAAUGAAAGCAUUCGAGAAGAUCAUGACAAAGUUCAGACGCCUUAAAUAUGACUACUGUUUGGGCCGCAAACAGAGUUUCCGGUACGUUUUUGACUAUUGUCUUCAGCUGGUUCAGCGUUUUGUACACGAGACACCAAAGCCCUUCUUUGGUAUCUUCUGGACGAAAAGUUUUAGUAACGACGAUUUUAGUGGAGCGGCAAAUGUGGAUAAAGAUUUUGUGACUUACCUUGAGCAGUUCAAGGAGCAUGGCCUAUUCGAAAGAGCAGUUGUCAUUCUGUUCAGCUUGCAUGGACAACACAAGGGACCCCUGAUGGAGCUGUCAUCUAGCUUUUUGGAAGAGCGAUUGCCUAUGCUGCACAUUUAUUUACCUCCCUGGUAUCGAAAGCAGUAUCCAAAGGUCGGCAAGGCACUUGACGUGAAUCGUCGUCGGUUGAGCUCCACCGUAGACUUGCAUUUGACCAUUAAGAAACUGCUCCUGCAGGUGCAACCUGGCAUUUCCUAUCAGCUACCAUGCGCAUCAUGUAAGACAUUAUUUGAGAUUCUGCCCGUCAAUCGAAGUUGCAACGAUGCCGCAAUUCCAAGUCAUUGUUGCAGCUGCGAGCCGCAUACCAGAGUGCCAAAGAGCGUUGCGGUGAAAGCAAUGGCCAAGUUGGUUGUAUAUCGCAUUAGACAAUAUCUGAGGAUGAAUAAUUAUGACGGGCAGUGCUACCGGUUGGAGCUUAGGAAUUUGUUAAGAGCGUAUCGCAAGCAGUACUUGGAUGCUAAAGGUAACGAGGUGAAGUCAGAUGAUGGAUUUUAUUCGUAUCGCUUGAGACUUACAACUCGACCAAAAGGUGCGUUUCGCGCAACAGUUUUUACCAAUCUGAACGCUAAUAUCGUGAGAGUACGUGAGGAGCUGAUAGAACGUUUGAAUGUCUAUCGAAAUGACUCUUAUUGCGUGACUUCACCCAGAGCCAAGGAGUUUUGCAUAUGCAGACCAUCGAGCUGAAAAUUUAAGCAUUUAAGAAAAAAGAAAAAUGUGUGUGCAAAAAAGGAUACACAUAUUAUCUCUAAGUGGCCAACGGAUUUGCAAAACGAGAAA